AUGGGUGACUGUAGACACUCCAAUUUCCCUUCAAGGAGGCGGAUUCUUCUGGUGCAACAGCACGCUUACCCAAUGCAUCAACAGCACCAUGCGCUCUGCCCGCCCGCCGGCUGCUGCCCCGCGGCUGGGGGAGCGAGCGCCGAGCCGAGCGUGCGGGAGGCGGGUCUUCGCCCGGAGCCCGGCCAGGACGCGGAGCGCGCCGAGCCUGCGGACAGUGGGGCGACGGGACCCAGCCUGUGCGGCCCCUGCCGGCCGUCCGCACGCCCGGCCGCCCGCCCGCGAGGAGCAACAAAUGCUACAGUGGCUCCCCGGUCAUUUUUUCUCAUGAAUUCCGGUGAUCGAUCUGAACCAUUCCCGACAUGGGGGUAUGAGGAAAACAGUGAGAGCGAGUUAACCGAAGACAGAGUAAACUCUGCCAAUCAAGGCAGCCGUCUUCAAAAACUACCCGUUGUGUUCGUCUCAGAAGAUGCCUCGGGGUAUCGGACCAGCACCCGGUUGGCUGUUUUCACCCCCUCGGCGUGCCCUGGCGUGUUCGCAGCGAGCCCUCCUCUAAACGUCCCGGCCCCCAUUGUGUUCGUCCUGAGAACGCAGGCCAGGAAGCCUGCCGUGGUGUACAUGUUCCACCUGGCCGUGGCCGGCGUGCUUUGUGUGUCUGUGCUCCCGUUUAAGAUCAGCUAUUACUUUUCUGGAAGCGACUGGAAAUGUGGGUCUGAAGUGUGUCGCUUCGUCACCGCAGCGUUUUACUGUAACGUGUCCGCCUCCACCACGCCCAUGACAGUCAUAAGCACUGACCGGUUUCUGGCUGUGAUGCUCCCCACGCAGGCCCUCUCCUGGAGCCCCCUGGGGAGGGCUUCCUUCACCCGCCUGGCCGGCUGGGGCGUCGCGGGGGCGGUGCCUCUUCUACUCAAGGAGCAAACCACCCAGGUGCCGGGGCUCAACAUAACCACCUGUCACGAUGUGCUCAAGGAAACCCUUUUGGAAGGCUGUCAUGCGUAUUGCUUCUCGGCCUUCUCCGCUGUCUUCUUUUUUCUGCCAUUGAUCAUUUCUACAGUCUGUUAUGCGUCUACCAUCUGCUGUCUUAGCUCUUCCACAGUCGCCAACCAGAGCGAGAAGUCCCGGGCUGUGUUCUUGUCGGCUGCUGUUUUCUGCAUCUUCAUUUGCUUUGGACCCACAAACGACCUUCUGAUUCUGCAUUACUCAUUCCUUUCUCAUAUUUCCACGACAGAAGCUGCCUGCUUUGCCUCCUCCUCUGUGUCUGUCAGCAGCAUAAGCUGCUGCAUUGAUCCCUUGAUUUACUAUUUUGUUUCCUCCGAGUGCCAGAGGUACCUCUGCAGCAUUCUGUGCUGCAAAGAAGGUUCUGAUACCAGCAGUUAUAACAGCAGUGGUCAGUUAAUGGCAAGAAAAAUGGAUACCUGCUCGAGGAACCUGACUAACGGUGUGUACAAAAAGCUGUUAAUUUAG